AUGGAACCAAAUCCUGCUGGUUAUAUUGAGCUUCAGAAUUUCCCAACUGGCCAGUUGAAUAACUUCUUAACACAGGUACUCAGAGAAUUCGAUAAGCGUGUAGACACUUUUAACUUAAACCUCGACAUCAUUUCUUUAUUACUUACAACUGAUAACAAAUUCCUGCUGGUUGGAACUGCGGAUGGCCUGAUCCAAGUUUACCAGACCCAAAGCAUGGAAAACUUUCCCUUCCAAGGCCACAAAGGGAAAGUCAACUGUUUAUCAAAUGUUGGCAUUGACAAAAUUGCUAGCGCUGGCGAGGACAGAUCAAUUAUCUUGUGGGAUCUCGACGCAAAAGAAAAAAUCGCCCAACUUUCUGGCCCUUCAGCAGCUAUAAAAGCCCUUGCUGCAAGCAUUAAUCGUUAAUUAUACUUAUAUAAGAGAAACUAUUAGGUUUAGGGCCUGUAUCUCUUCUAUAGUAUUCUUCUGCUUCCACAAGUUGCCAUUUUAAUAUAUAUGCACUGCAAGCACUCAGCGGAAUUUGAUUGUGGCUGGAGGUUUAGAAGAUAUUAUUUACGUUUAUGAUCUUGAAACAAGGAAAUUAAAGAAGGAGCUGAGGCAUCACAAAGGAUAUAUAAGAGAAAUUUGUUUCGCUAAAGAUGAUAACGUUUUCAUUACAGCUGGAACAGAUAUGAAAAUCGUUAUAUGGAACAGUGAAGGACUAGAAUUCCAUAUGGAGAUCAUCCAAGAAGCCAAAAUUAACUAUAUGAUUUACUGCCCAUAUACUGAAAAAUCAAAUAUCGGGGAUAUUAUUGAUAAAGGAGUACUAGUGACUGGUGGAGAAGACAAAAUAGUCAGGCUCUGGAACAUUGUUUCAGGCGAAAAAACACUUCUGCCUAAGCACAAGUCUCAGAUAACUGCAAUGUGCCAUAUAGAAAACUCUCGCUAUAUUAUAACAGGCAGUGCUAAAGGGAAGCUUUAUUUAUAUAACACACAAGAAGCUAGGUAUGAAACUGAAUUUAAGCUUCCUUCACCUCCAAAAGUAGCUGCUUGUUCUCCUGAUGGAAAAUACUUGUUUAUUGGAGAAAGCGAUAAGACAAUUAGAAGGAUUAGGCUUGUGGAAGAACUGCAAAGAAAAGAAAGAAUUGUCAUACAUGAAGAGAUAAAUGCAGCCAUUAUUUCAUCUGAUGGAAAAUCUAUUUUUACCGUUGGAGAAGAUCUUAUAGUAAAACAAACUGAUGUUGAAACGGGAGUAAGCGAAAACUUGAGGAAAUUUGAAGGUAGCCCUAAGUGUUUGACUAUAAAUGGGACUGGAACUUUGAUGGCAGUAGGGUUUCAGUUUUCUAAUGUGAAAUUGUGGGAUUUGAAAAUAAAGAAAGAAAUUCAGUCAUUAUCGGAGCAUACAUUGCCAGUGGUUUCUGUAGAUUUUAGUAAAGAUGGACAAAAGUUUGCAUCUGCUGCAAGUGAUUAUGAAAAAGGAGAAGUCGCUAUAUAUGAUUUGAAUACUUAUAAUCCUAUUAAAACUCUUUCUGUAGCACAGCCUGUGAAAUCUAUUUGCUUUUCUCCAGACUCCACAACAGUGAUUUAUGCCACAGAAAAUGAGCUUCAUGUCUUAGCUGUGAAUAUUCAGGAGUCAGAAAGGGCUGUAUUAAAAGGGUUCGCUCAGCAAAUCUACACUCUUAAACCAAAUUAUUUUACAAAUCACAUAGUUUCAGUAGGUGGAAACGGUAUGAUAGAUAUAUGGAACCUUAAUUUCAAUACCCUUAUCACUUCUUUUAAUUGUGUACAAGAUGAGGAAGAAGAAUUAAAAGCUGAUGAUGAAAAUGAGGAAAACGAAGAAAGAAGACAUAAAAUUUUCCAUGAAAGACAAGAAAGACAGGGCAGCUGAAUAGGAGCAGCUGCAACUGGUAGAAGGCCAGCUCCUAAGGUUUCAAAACUUUUAUCAUGCUCUAUAUCUGAAGAUGGAGAGUAUUUAUUGGUAGGCACUCAAAAAGACGAGAUACAGUUUUGGUCAACAACUGAUAAAAUCUUAAUAGGGACUAUAAAAGUGAACCUUCGCCCUAAGCAGAUUUUGCUUGAUAAUAUUAAUGGGAAAAUUUAUGUGGUAAGCACAAAUGAGAUUAUCAGACUGAGAAACCCAGUUAAGGCAAAAGCAAAUGAUCUAUAUAUAUUUGGCCCAUCAAUAUACUCCAUGCUAUUUACUUCAUAUUUCAAGCUAUUCAUGGAAAACGAGUAUGAUGGUGAAUAUCCUUCCCAUCUCAAUGAGUGGGUAAUUCUUCCAUGGAGGAUCAAUAUUCUCCAUCUAUUUGCAUAUACAGUCAACCUAAAAUAUGCAAAUUUGGCCUUUAAAGGCCGCUGCAAAUUUUUAAGUACCACUUCUGGAGUUACCCCUUUGACUUUGGCUUUGGAUUCGAAAAAUAAAGAACUUAUUGAUUUAGUCAUCAAAAAAAUAGCAAAAUAUACUAAGGUAGAUUGGCAUAUUUUCACAAGAAUUGAAGUUGAGCUUCCUAGGCUUAAUGAAUUAGCAACCCCAAAUUUGUCAACCCUUUAUAAUGCAGCAUUCCAAAGGUCAAAGCAGCCAGAUUUAGAACAGUUUGGCGUGCUUAAAACCAAAGAAGGCCACCCAUUUUCUUCAAACAGCUACCACAUUGACUGUAAAAACUUCAUCAAAACUACCCUCAGUUCUAAAGAAAACGAGCAGUUUUUAAUUUAUAGGGUAAGCUCUUUCAAAUUUAAUAUGACACUAGGCAAUUUAGAAGGUAUAAAGUUUCUUACAACACUAAUUGCGUGCGAAGACCAAGACGUUUAUACAGCACCUAUCAUAUCUACCAUUAUAAAAUCCAAAUGGAAAACAAUCAGACCUUUAAUGCUUGUCCAUGCAGCUUUUUAUAUAUUAUUUUUAUUCAUAUUAGGGUACUAUUCACUAAUGCAAACUUCCCCAGGCCAGGAUACAGUUUUAUUCGUUUCUAUUAUAGUGCUGAACUUUAUAUUAUUCUUUUAUGAGUGCUUCCAGAUCACUAUAGGAAUCAAACAAUAUCUUCAAGAUUUUUGGAACUGGCUAGACAUGGCAAGAAUUUUAUUGAUCUUUGCAUAUUCAUUUAUUGAGCCUUUUGUAGGCGGAGAGCUGUCAACUACCAUGCUUGCGUUGAUUUUAUUAGCUUCUUUUCAAAGAGGGAUAGGAUUUUUCAGAGUUUUUAAGCAGACACGCUAUAUGAUCAGAAUGCUGACAGAAAUUUUGCAUGAUAUGAUUCCUUUUGCUGUGGUGCUUGCCUUUUCUGUAUUAGCUUUUACGUUGAUGUUCCAAGUAUUAAGUGGCUUAUCAGAGGAAAAGACGUUUUCUGAAGCCUUGAUCCAUUCGUUUUUGCUUUUAUUCGGAGCUUUUGACUAUGGCAAUUAUUCAGGUGCUGAGUGGUCAUGCUUUUAUGUCGCGACCAUUGUAAACCCUCUUAUGAUGUUCAAUUUAUUGGUCGCAAUUAUGGGAGAAACUUAUGGGAGAGUGCAAGAAGACAUGGUGGUCGCUGAUAUCCAGUCAAUGGUUGCAAUGAUUAUAGAGUAUGAAGCUAUUUUAUUCUGGAGAAGGCAUUCAGGAACUCCUAUGCAUUUGCAGCUUUGUACCAGUAGCGAGGACGACUCUGACUCUAAAUCGACUACUACACUAGAAAAACAAGGCCAGAUAUUAUUGAAAGACAUUUUAUUACUCCAAAAUAGGCUGGAUAAAGUUAUAAAAGACAACCAAACUAGUUAUGAUGGAAUGAAUAGGAGGAUAGGAGAGAUCGUGAAGCAAGGGAAUUCAAAUCUGCAGAAAGUAGAAGAUAAGCAAAAUGAGUUCAAGAAGCAGGUUUAUGAGAAGAUAGAGCUGAUCAAAAGCAAGAAAUUCCCUGAAGUUCUUUAA